AUGGGGCGCGGGGCCCCCCUCGGACAGUGCCUGCUGCGGGCAGCACUGCUGCUUGCCCUCUGUUCCGCCGCCGACGGCACCUGGGUGUGGUUGGGCAUCGCCGCCGCCGGCGGGCCGGAGAAGCUGGACUGCGCCAUCGCGCCGCUGAGCCGGCGGCAGCAGGACCUGUGCAAGAAGAAGCCAGAGCUGGUGCCCGCCAUCCGGGAGGGAGCGCGCCUGGGCCUCCAGGAAUGCCGCAGCCAGUUCCGACACGAGCGCUGGGACUGCAGCCCGCCGCCCGCCACCCGCCGCGGACCCGCCGCCCUGGCCGCCGCCUUCGGGCACCAGCUCAGCAGCGGCACGAAGGAGACCGCGUUCCUGUACGCCGUGACGUCAGCAGGCCUCGUGCACUCGGUGACACGAUCGUGCAGUGCCGGGAACGUGACUGAGUGCUCCUGUGACACAAACCUGCGGCACGGGGGCUCGGCCAGCGAGGGCUGGCACUGGGGCGGCUGCUCGGACGACAUCCAGUACGGAGUGUCGUUCAGCAGAAAGUUCCUGGAUGUGCCCGUGAAAAACCUAACAGGCAAGAGCGGGAGUGGACUGGUGGCCAUGAACCUGCACAACAACGAGGCUGGCAGGCAGGCUGUAGUGAAGCUGAUGUCAGUGGAUUGCCGUUGUCAUGGUGUUUCUGGGUCCUGUGCUGUGAAAACUUGUUGGAAAACAAUGUCUUCAUUUGAAAAGGUUGGCUGGUUUUUGAAGGAUAGGUAUGAAAACAGCAUACAGAUAUCAGACAGACUGAAAAAAAAGCUACGCAGGAAAGAGAAAAGCCAGCGAAGAAUCCCGAUUGGGAAAGAAGAUCUGCUGUAUGUCAACAAAUCACCCAAUUACUGUGUCGAAGACCAAAAACUGGGAAUCCCUGGAACUCAGGGAAGGGAAUGUAACCGCACCUCGGAGGGACCGGACGGCUGCAACCUCCUCUGCUGUGGGCGUGGGUACAACACCCACGUUGUCAGGCACGUGGAAAGGUGUGAGUGCAAGUUCGUGUGGUGCUGCUAUGUGCGCUGCCGGAGGUGCGAGACCAUGACCGACGUGCACACCUGCAAAUAAGGUGCAGUACAGAAAACACAGCCAAGCCAUUCCACACUGGUUGGUACCCACCACAAGAUAGUAAUGACUCACCUUGGGGGACUGCAAGGGGAGCAACCUUAGGGGGAACAGGUAUUGCCAAACAAAGAGCAAUCCAAGCAUUUGGUGUAUGAAGGAGCAACUCGGUGAACAGCAGCCUGCAUACAGGGACAGCUGAAGCAACAGAAAGGACUCCUUAUGGCACAUUUUAACAUGUAACUAACUCCAUGAGCAGGGGUAAACACUGAACUUUCCAAGCCUUUAACAUCCACAACAUCCUGAAGAUCCAUGUGGUCAGUAGGUAUGGUGGAGAAAACUCAGUAUCUCGUUAGCCAGAGACUAAAGAGUUAAGAGGGUGUGUAAGACACGUUCAAUAUAAUCUCUAUGUCUCUAUUUUUAAAAAAUGGGGACUAGAUCAUCCACUAGAUGGAUAAUUUCUGCAGGCUUUAAAAAAAAAAAAAUAGAGGAAGUUUUCUGGUGUUAACCAUGAAGCAUUUGCUUUGUGACCAUUCAGAAAGCUGUCUUCUGCAUAAUGUGCAGAAAAGCAUCUGGUACUGAGAAAUGUGGGUGACUGUAAAGAGCUGGGCACUGCCUGGCGGGAUGAGGAGGGUCCAUUGGCACACAGCAAGCUGUGUCCUGAGCAGAGGGGCUGGAGCACAAUGUGAAUGGUGUGCUAAAUAGCAACCUUGGGAUUUUUUAUAGGUUGUCUUUGAAAUACACAAAGGUCUGAGGAGGGACAGAAAGAAACACAGUUUGGUAUUUGAAGGAAGUAAAAGCCUUCACAGGCAUUUCCUCAGUAUCUGAAUGCACAAUUUGCAAGUCAGCCGGUCACCCCACUGUUGGAAUCUAUGCAAUAACCUGUCAUGUUGAACCACCUCACUGGUGGUUCACCAUCAUUUUUGCAAAGAAAAUUGCCCUAGAGUGAACGAUUUUUUAAAAACAUUACUUUCUCUUAUAGAAGCAGCAGCUAGAACUUCUUGUUAGGUUUUAUCCUAAGUAAGUUCAAUGCACGAUGUAAUUUAUGGAUUGGCCCAAACCACUAAAAUAUUUGAAGUGUUAUUGAUGACAUUUUUUCCCACUCCAUAUGUUGGCUCGAUUUUAUUUUACAUCUGUGAAAGAUCAUUUAUUCUUAUGCAAUGAUUUAAUGCCUGGCUUAAAAAGCAUCAUGUGAAAGGAUUUCUGUUGUUUAAAUGUGCAAAGACCUAUUUUUGAUAAGACAAGAAAGUUUAUAUUUUGUAAAUAUUUAAAUUAUACAAGUUAUGUAAAAGGUUUCCAAAACGAAUGUGAUAAGAUUACAGCCUUUGACAUGUGUUGGUUAGACAUUUGUUACUGUCUUAGUAGCCUUUAAUUGAUUUUUAAUUGCAUGUGCAGGGGGAAAUUAGUCAGUGAAUUACAUAAAUGUUCUUUUUUUUACCAUCAGGGUGUUUAUAACUAUUGCAGUUAAUACACACUGAUGAGAAACACUUACUAUGAUUUUUUAAACUAUAAGUUAAUUAAUACUCUGUAUCCUUUUUUUAUUCUUUUCAAUCCACUUUACAGUGAAAACCCAGCUCCAGCAGUAAGUGCAGAACUCCCACUGAUAUGAAGGGGACUUGCAAGGUAUUGCAAUCCCUGAACUUGUUCCACACUAACAGUCAGUUUUUAGAAAUAAAUCAUCUUAGACAACUUGGUGGAGGCUUUCAAAGUUAUUUUGGGGAAUUAUUUUCAAUUUGUUGUCAAUUAUUUUUCCAUGAAAGAUGGUGAUCAGAUUCCCUGUCGCUCUUUGUCAGAUGUGUAGUUCAGGAGGCAGCAAACUAAACUUUCUGUGUUAUUGUACUUCACUGCCUUAUGUGAAGUCUCUUAAGAACACCAGUUCAGCAACCAAGUCCUUUGUCUGAUGGUUCUUUUUGGACCUUCCCUCCACAUUUGCCAGUCUGUCUCCAUUGACCUAGAUAAUUAUUCUGAGGCCACAAAAACUGCUGUCUAUGAGAAGAGUGUUCAGCAUGCCAGUACCUGUCACAGGAGGAUUCAACAACUUCCCUGUGAAAACUUGGAUGGGGAGGACAUAUCCUGGUGGAAGACCCUGAAGAGAGAGUUGUGAGCCUCAGGUUGUUCCCAUCUUCCAGCAAUGAAAAUAAAUCCACAUUCUCCACAGGCCAUGCCACAGCACCUAUUUGCAACAGGAUAGGACAUGCUGCUGUUCACUUCUGAUAAGAAAGUGUUGUAGAGACCACCUCUUUAAUUCUGAAUCUGCCCUACAUCAAGCUGCUGGCAGAGAGCCUUGGUGUCCUACAUCAGGCUUCUCCUCAUAGGGCGUCCACUGAGUCCAGUGUUGAGGUCACCACUGUUUUGUUUAUGAGGCUACAGCAGGAACGAGACACAGGGAUUUCAGCAUGGAGACCAAGAUCUUCUCUUGAAGCAGUCCCAAUCUGUGUCUCAAAACUACCUUAACUUUUACUGGACUUAAAUGUUCUUCCAUGCUUGAUCUGAAAAGUAAGGAAAAUCACCAGUGUAUUCUCAAUAUGCCUCAACUUCUGGCAGGGUAGGAAAUGAGGAGAAAAUGGU